AUGUCCGCCAAAUCCAUCCUCGAGGCCGACGGCAAGGCCAUCCUCAACUACCACCUCACUCGCGCUCCCGUCAUCAAGCCCACCCCUCUCCCUCCUUCUUCCACACACAAUGCGCCUCCUCGUCUGGCCUCCCUCCACUUCCCCGAGGACAAGACCGUCAAGGAGGUCCUCGACCAGGCCGAGGUCCUCUACCCGUGGCUGCUCGUCCCCGGCUCCAAGUUCGUCGCCAAACCCGAUCAAUUGAUCAAGCGUCGCGGCAAGUCCGGUCUUCUCGCUCUGAACAAGACCUGGGCGGAGGCCCGCGAGUGGAUUGAGGCUCGUGCCACCAAGGAGGUCCAGGUCGAGCACGUCACUGGUGUGCUGCGUCAGUUCCUCGUCGAGCCCAUGGUUCCUCACGCCCAGGAGACUGAGAGCUACGUUUGCAUCAACUCCGUCCGCGAGGGUGAUUGGAUCCUCUUCUACCACGAGGGUGGUGUCGAUGUCGGUGAUGUCGAUGCCAAGGCUGAGAAGCUGUUGAUCCCCGUCGACCUCAAGAAGUUCCCCUCCAACGAGGAGAUCGCCUCUGCUCUGCUGAGCAAGGUGCCCAAGGGGAUUCACAACGUCCUCGUCGACUUCAUCUGCCGUCUGUACGCUGUCUACGUCGACUGCCAGUUCACCUACCUCGAGAUCAACCCUCUCGUCGUCAUCCCCAACGCCGAUGCCACCUCCGCCGAUGUCUACUUCCUGGACUUGGCCGCCAAGCUCGACCAAACCGCCGAGUUCGAGUGUGGUACCAAGUGGGCUGUUGCUCGUAGCCCCGCCGCUCUCGGUCUCCCUACCCUCCCUUCCACCGACAGCAAGGUCAACAUCGAUGCCGGCCCCCCCAUGGAGUUCCCCGCUCCCUUCGGCCGUGAGCUGAGCAAGGAGGAGAAGUUCAUCUCCGACAUGGAUGCCAAGACCGGUGCCUCCCUCAAGUUGACUGUCCUGAACGCCAACGGCCGUAUCUGGACCCUGGUCGCUGGUGGCGGUGCUUCCGUCGUCUACGCCGAUGCCAUUGCCUCUGCCGGUUUCGUCAGCGAGCUCGCCAACUACGGCGAAUACUCUGGUGCUCCUUCUGAGGGCCAAACAUACUCCUACGCCAAGACCGUCCUGGACCUGAUGCUCCGCGCCCCCACCCACCCCGAUGGCAAGGUUCUCUUCAUCGGUGGUGGUAUUGCCAACUUCACCAACGUUGCGUCCACUUUCAAGGGUGUGAUCCGGGCUCUCCGCGAGUUCGCCCCGAUCCUGCUCGAGCACAAGGUCCAGAUCUGGGUUCGCCGUGCCGGUCCCAACUACCAGGAGGGUCUGAAGAACAUCAAGGCCGUUGGUGUGGAGCUUGGCCUGGAUAUGCACGUCUAUGGUCCUGAGAUGCACGUCUCUGGAAUCGUGCCUCUGGCCCUGCUCGGCAAGAAGACCGAUGUCAAGGAAUUCAGCGCUUAA